AUGUUCGUGUUGUCGGAAAUUGAGGAUGUGAUCAAAGUUGAGCCGCGUCAUUUUAGCAGACCCAGUGCGAAAGCUAUCGCUGAACAAAUUAACGUCAAAUAUGCCAACAAGGUUCUGCAGGACAUUGGUCUCUGCAUAUGUGUGCAUGAUAUUUUAAGGUCUAGUGAGGGUCGUGUUCGUUGGGGCGAUGGGUGUCUCUACUACACUGUUGUAUUCCGACUUGUUGUAUUUCGGCCAUUUACAAAUGAAGUACUUGUCGGUCGGAUCUCAUCGUCCACGUCCGAAUCAAUCCGUAUAUCUGUGGGCUUUUUUGACGAUAUAUUCAUUCCUCCUCAUUUUCUUCCCACUCCUUCGGCAUUUGACUAUCAAGAGCAGGCAUGGUUUUGGCUUCUCGAUCCUGCUUCCGAAGCACAUGUGGCUGAUCCUUUACUUUCGGCUCAAGAAGAACGCAUGUACCUGGACAUCGGCGAGGUAAUUCGAUUCGCGAUUGAAUCCGACAGUUUCUAUGAUUUGGAGCCUGGGCCAUCCCUUGGCGAGGGAAUGCUUGGUGAAACUCCCGCGGUUACUUCGAACUUUUCCGGAGAAUCUGGUUCAAGAAGAAGUAAUUUCUCGUCAUACAAGAUUAAUGCAUCUAUUGCGGGCCAGGGCCUUGGGCUUGUAUCAUGGUGGGCCGGCGCUGAACAAGUUUCUGUAGAAUAA